UGAAUGUGUUCACUUGUGAUGAAGUGGUCCUCAGCUUUUGAAAAUGGGCUUUUUUCAUCCCUGAAUGUGUUGCCGUCGGUCAAGUUAGUCCUUGGCUCAGUUUUCCGUUAGUCCCUCAGACGGAAAACACCACAUGUCACGUUUUUUUACAUGUUGACAUCCUAGUUGGCUCUCCAACGGUCAGAAUGAAAGUUUCUAACCUGUCAAUUUAGUCCUCAUCAUUGAAUCUACAUAAUCACCCCCAAUUCUUAACCUUGGAGCCCCAAAUCAGAAACCCUAGUUCUUCAAACCUACAAUUGGCUUCUUCAAUUCUCUCAAUCGUGAAAUCACUACCUCUCGUUGUCGAUUCUCAUCCAUUAACAUGACAGUGGGCUCUAAUUCUCGUGGUGGUCAGAGGUCAGGGCCGACAUAUCGUGAAGGUGGAAGUGCUUCUGUGAAUGGCAGAGUUGUGCGCUGCAAAUGUGGCGUCGAAGCAAAAGUGAGGAUCUCUAGAACAAAUUUGAACCCAGGUAAACCUUGGUAUGGUUGUCAUCUACCAAAGAAUCAUCCUCAAAAUUGCAAUUAUUUCCUCUGGGUUAGAGAUGAAGAAGAUGGAAUUACAGAAGUAACUAGCUCAAGGGAGGAAGAGAUCAUGCAACUGAAAGCAAUUUUACUGAAAAAUCAAGCCAUGAUUGAAGAAUUAAGGGUUAAGAAUGAAGCUGUCAUUGAAGGUAUAAUGGUGCUGAAUCAAGCCAUGAUGGUGAAGAAUGAGAGGGUCACACAAGAACUGAGGAUGUUGAGAGUUUCUGUCUUAGGUUUAGUGUUGAUGUUGGUGAUAGUGUUCUUUUUGUUGCUUUAUUCAGGUUCUGUUCACUUUCUAGGCAGUUAGAGGUUGAGUAUGUUAUGGAAUGUUAUGGAGAAUGAGAAUGUAUGUAAUGUUUAUGAAUUAUACAAUCCUCCUUGUUAUGAAUCAUGCUACCAUUUUAAUGCAAAAUGAAAAUGACUGUGUU